AUGGCUGCCGAAUCUUCGAGCCGGGGAUUAGAUUUGCUUUCCUCACCCGUACAGUCAUCUUCUUCGCUCAUGGAUAUCGACGGUGUCCAGGGUGAGCCAACCACUCUCGAUGUGGAGCGUGGCCGGGACUCGAUACACGACUCUGACAAUGCCUCAUUCCAUAAAGUUCGGGGUGGGGCAUACAGAAAGAGGAUCCAAUACUAUGUGCCGGGGACUGCUUGGAUUCCAAACUAUACGCUCUCUUUUCUGGGCGGUGAUAUUCUCGCUGGCCUCACUGUGGCCUCGAUGUUGAUUCCGCAGUCCGUCAGUUAUGCAACAUCGCUGGCACAGAUGAGCCCGUUGACUGGUUUGUUUUCCGCGUCUAUUCCCGGCAUUGUAUAUGCCUUCCUCGGUACAAGCAGACAGCUCAACGUCGCGCCGGAGGCAGCGCUCUCCUUGCUCAUUGGCCAGGCAGUUUCUGAUAUCCUGCUCGACUUCCCUAAUCCACACUCCAAAGAAGGAGAAAUGGUUAAGAUCGCUGUCGGUACCAUCAUUACCUUCCAGGUCGGCUUGUUUGCUUUCCUACUCGGUUUCUUCCGCCUCGGCUUCAUCGACGUUGUUCUCAGUCGCGCUCUUUUACGGGGCUUCAUCAGCGCAAUUGCCGUUGUCAUCCUGACUGAGCAGCUCGUGCCGAUGUUCGGCCUGACAGCGCUCAUGCAUGAGCUACAUCCAGAGUCGACAUUUGACAAGGUUCUGUUUUUAUUGGAACAUGUCCCAAUGGCCAACGCGCGCACAACUCUGGUCAGCUUCUGCGCGCUCGCAGUAUUAAUUUUACUGCGAGCGUUAAAAGGACCGUUCCAACGCUUUUGGUGGAUCUAUCGACUUCCCGAGGUCCUGGUGGUGGUGGUGUUAUCAACGAUUCUUUGCAAAGAAUUUCGUUGGGAUGAAGAGGGUGUAGAAAUUCUUGGCGCGGUACCCAUCCAGUCUAUGGGCUCAUUCGUCCAAAUUCCGCUUCAAUCGAUGACGCUCAAAUAUCUGAGAAGGACAACUUCAACGGCUGCACUCAUUUGCGUGGUGGGUUUCCUGGAUAGCAUUGUCGCCGCCAAACAAAAUGCCUCGCGCUUCGGGUAUUCCAUCAGCCCGAAUCGGGAGCUAGUUGCUCUUGGUACCUCGAAUCUGGCAGCGUCCUUCGUACCAGGGACUUUGCCGGCAUUCGGCUCGAUAACUCGGUCGAAGAUUAACGGUGAUGUGGGCGGGCGGACACAGAUGGCUUCUCUCGUAUGCUCCGUCGUCGUUCUUCUAGCGACCUUCUUCCUUCUUCCCUGGUUAUACUUCUUGCCCAAGGCCGUUCUUUCUUCGAUUAUUUGCCUCGUUGUAUUCUCCCUACUGCGGGAGGCGCCGCAUGAUGUCGCUUAUUAUAUCAAAAUGUCUGCAUGGACCGACCUCACCCUUAUGGCACUGACUUUCUGCUUUGCAAUUAUUUGGAACAUCGAGGUUGGGAUUACUCUGAGCCUGAUCGCGUCGCUGCUCUUGGUUGUCCAUCGCUCAUCAAGAGCAAGGAUGACCAUUUUGGGCCGCAUCCCUGGAACCGACCGAUGGAAGGCGAUUGACGAGCACCCAGAUGCCGAGGAAGACGUUUCUGGAGCAUUGAUAGUCAGGAUAAGAGAAAACUUAGACUUCGCCAAUACCGCUCAGCUAAAAGAACGGCUGCGGCGGCUCGAGUUAUAUGGUCUCGGUAAAAGCCACCCCUCAGAAGAGCCACGCCGGCAGCAAGCCACGGUGUUGGUGUUCCAUAUGGCAGAUGUAGAGCGCUGCGAUGCGUCUGCAGUGGAAAUGUUUCUCGAGUUGUGUGAGGAAUAUAAGAGUCGACAUGUCCGGCUGUUUGUGACACACCUUCAGCCUUCGCCUCUGGCGAUGUUCUCAAAGGCCGGCAUAUUCGACCUGCUUGGAGAGGAGGCAUUGCAGGUAAAUGUUGCUGAUGCUAUGGCCAGGAUAGACCGGAGGUAA